AGCAUUUGACAUUCCUCUAUGAAACCGUGCAGUAGUUUAGAGAUAGAGCUCCUUACUUAGUCACAAUGUGGCAGCGCAUAACUGUUGAGUUAUCUACCAGUAGUAAUAUUUUUCUCAACUCACAGAGGUGGAGAAUCUUCCUCCCAUUCCCCAACCCCCACGCCCACGCUCCAAUUUCAUACCUCGAACUCCAGCCAGAAUCUAUCCUGCUCCACUAAGUUUGCAGUCAGUCCCUCCUACCCCUCGGUCUCGAACUCUCAGCUCUCCUGCAACUCUUCAACAACUGGGUCUUCCACCACUGACAAAGAUGCCCUCACAGCAAGAGACUCCAAACCGUCUCGAUCGCCGGUCUGUUUUGCCUCCUGUCAAGGGAGGGCUAGUGUCCCUGCAAGCCAGCAGAGCUCUGGCUACAGAGCAGGACACUUUUGGCCCGACCGGUGCAGCCAUGCCCGACCGCCCUUCCAGGCUGCUGCCAUUAGGUGGGGCUGGCCUCUUUGGACCGACAAAAAUGCCUGAUAAGCCACUACAUUUGGCUCCAAUAGGACGACCAGAGAUUGGAAAAGGAAAGGCACCUGCUGGAGUGAGGCCAUUGCUCAAAAAAGGAGCUCUGCAAUCUUCAGGGGAAGAAGGUAUGAAUGGUGACACUGAGCCAAACCUUCCUACCCUUCCUACACCACUGAGGCCCCUUCCGAAACAGCCACUACCAGGUAUAGGGGGUAGCCCACCAAGACCAUCAAUUGGAGGCCAAAUACGACCACUGCCGGGGAUCGGGAGUCCACCAAAACCUCUACCAGGGGUUGGAAGCCCCCCAAAACCACUGCCAGCGAUCAGUAUGCGCACUCCACUACCGAGUCUUACGUCUCCAACCACUAGCAUGCCUCGGCGCAAGAUAGCUCCAGAUCCCUUCACGACCGGUCUUACUGGGACAACUGGCCUAGGUAGCCAUGCUAAGAUGACUCCGGCCCCCCUCAACUUCCCACCUCCUCGACUGAGUCUGUCAUCCAUGAGACCACCAGGGGGAGUCAACACCGUCGGACCACUCUCACCCGUAUCCCCACCAGGGGCCAAACUUCCCAAAACAUUACCGUCAGCUGCUAAACCACCCGAAGCAUCACCAAAACCACCAGCUUCAACAGAGACCAGUCCACCAGUUGCUCCACAGGCUGACUCAAAGGUACCUCCACCUCGAGAUGAUGCUAAUACUGGCGGAGAGCAAAACUGAACAACGGACACAACUGUAAUGUAGUAUAUAGUGAAAUAAACAGUAAAAGUGAUUGUAUAUACAAUGUAGAUUUUUAAGUUUGAGAUGUGCUUUAUAAUAAUUAUGAUGAUGUAUAGAGACAAAUUGACAGACAUAAGGGCACAAAGCUCGGAACAUUGACACGUUUUUGUGUUCAGAAGUGACAGAACACAUGCGCAUGGAUGAACAGCAUGCUAUAGAGUGGAUGGAUUUAUGUAUCAAGCUCUUCGUAGUCUGAAAGAACAUGAGCAGUGUUAGAACGUGGGUGGCGAGAGAGCUCCAUGGCUUCGGCGUACUCUGAACUAGCAGGCACUUUCACUGGUUCACCGGGUUCCUCCAACACCAUAUAAAGUGGCAGGACACCUUCAGGAGGAGUGGUAGCACCGUUACUAUAAGAUUCCGGUGCACCACUUUCAAGAAUGUGGUACAGAGGGGGUUGCUUUGCUGCUUUUAGGGAAUCGGCAGGUUCACUGUACUGAUCCUCUGGGCCAGAAAAACUGUGUGAGGUUGAUCGAAGACUUUGCUUUGUUGGAGUGUUUGGUGAUAUGGGGGUCGAAGUGCUAUGAAAACUCGCCUGACGAUCUUGUAUGACCAUGUAGCAGGGAGAAGGCACACGUUCAAAGUUCUUUUUGUCCGUGUUUCUAUCCUGUUUGUACGAGUUGGAGAGUUCAACCGGAUUCAAAUACUGGCUUGACGAGAGCUGAGUACCGGAAUUGCGUCGCUGUGGGUAGUCGACAAUCGAGGAGUAGUGAUCAGUUUCACUGUACAGUGGGUUGGUGAACUGCUGCUGCUGCUGAAGCUCAGUGCUGGGGUCAG